GUAUAACAACCAGGAGAACUUUUUCAUGUGCAAUAAGCAGAGAUUAGGAUAAAUAGUCGACGGUGUUAGUUUCAUAAGUCGAUGGAGAAGGGAGAUUUGAGACAAUCAACUUUGCUCGUUGUAUUACUCGCUUCAUAGGCCUUCGCAACCAUGGCGUUCUUAAAAUCCCUAAGACUAUUCUGGACCUUUCAUCUUCUGGUGUUUAUUGUAGCUGAUGGAAUUGGUGGGCCACGCGCUCAUACACUCUGUCAACACUUAGAUGACUCGACGCAUAUUGAGGUCGUUAGACCAAAUGAAGCAGACUACGAGGCUCUAAGGACUGAAAACUGGGCGCAAACAGCAUGGCAAAUGCCAACGUGCAUAGUCCGCCCACGGAACACUGAGCAUCUUCAAAAAGUGAUUCCGAAGCUGGUAGCUUCGAAUGUCAGUUUUACGGUACGGUCUGGAGGGCAUUGUCCGCACGCGGGAGCCGGCAACCUAAACAACGGUAUCCUAAUUGACAUGUCUUACUUCAAUCAUUUCACAUAUGAUGAGCGAAGAGCAGUGGUUGAAAUUGGGACUGGACUACGAUGGGGUGAGGUGUACGCCCAACUUGAUAAAUACCAAGUUACAGUUGUAGGAGGAAGAGUUGCCGACGUCGGCGUCGGAGGCUUAACUCUUGGUGGUGGCUUAUCAUGGCUCUCGGAUCUUUACGGCCUAGUUGCCGAUAACGUCCUGAAUUUUGAAGUGGUUCUUGCAAACGGUGCGGUUAUUAAUGCCAAUCUUGAACAUCACCCUGAUUUAUUCUGGGCUCUAAAAGGGGGGGCCACUAACUUUGGCAUUGUUACAAAAAUUCGAUUGAAAACCUUCCCUAUUCAUCAAGUCUGGGGUGGCUUUAGAUUUCACCCAAUUUCGGAUUUGCCCUUACUAAUGGACGCCAUGUUCGAAUACCAGUCCAGAAGCAUCAACGAUCCUUACGCAAAUAUGAUGAUAAUGGCAUCACCGACUAACGAUACUGUCGGGGUUAUUGUUACAUUAAUCUAUCUUCAACCCAAGAUUCAGCCCGAUGUCUUUGAACCUUUCUACCGUGUCAAUAGCAUAUUAGACACCACCCAGUUGCAGACAUUGACGGAAUUCAUUAUCUCCAAUCCUUUGCCGAACUCUACUACUCGAUUCGAUUGGGCGAGCACGACUCUGAAGCCAAACAAACUGCUCUACCAGGACUUGGCCAAUAUCUCUGUACGGUCAACUUCGAUAGAGCAGAUUCAUUCAGUGACCGCUGGAACACUUCUGUUUGGAUUCCAGCCUAUAUGUUCAAGUGCUGUGCGAGCUGGCCAUGCGAGAGGCGGAAAUGCACUGGGUCUUGAGUCAGUUGACCAGACCUGGGUUGUCAUCGACGCUGUAUGGUGGUGGUCUGAUGAUGACGAUACCGUUCACAGUGCCGUGCAAAGUGUUGUGACUGAAAUCUACGACAGAUCUACAGAGAGGGACUUGUCUCUCCCAUUUUUGUUCAUGAAUGAUGCGAAUUGGGACCAGGACGUCAUUGCCAGUUACGGCAGGAGUAGUGUCGAAAAGCUUCGGUCUGUACAGAAAAUAUACGACCCUAGCCAAAUCUUUCAAAGGCUGAAAUCAGGAUACUUCAAACUACCAUGAUCACCUAUUUAAGGUUUCGGCAAGCCUUGUUUGUUCACGUAUCGAGGUGAAAUAGAGUGCUGACUUAAGUAGGAAUACCCUCAACCCUUGACCUAAGGUUAAAUGAGUAGUUCGAUAACAUCCAUAGUACUGUUGUACAAAUUAAUUCGAGAAUUUUCGUAAUAGAAGUUAUCGAAGUGACGAUUGACUAAGUGAUAAGUAACUUCUUCGCGUGUGUGAAGACAUCGUGUUCUUGA